AGUCAGUCAAUACCCGUCCUAUACUCUGCCCAUUCUCGCAAACGCAGUAACAUCGAGAAGAAGAUAGAAGAUCUUCCCGAGAGGAUCGGAUAGGCAACCGUAACGAGCACUCUAUGAGCAGGUAUAACCGUAUCCCAGUCAAACGAUGAGCAACAAGUCAAACCUCGACAAGGCCGAGCGUCAAAAUGGGUCGAAAGCUUCAGCCACAACGAUACAAGCUUUCCAUAUGCGCAGUGAAGCGGAAGUCGGUUUGGAGCAGCCUGCUAUGCGUGCGGUAGCGCUUUUGGGCGGUCCUACGCUGACGGUGCCGGGGCCGUUUCUAGGUGUUUCAAAGCCUAAUGCGACGGGACUGCUACGUCCUCCCAUUGGGCGGACCGCCGACCCCGCCACAGGCCGGGCUUCUUUCGAAGUGAAGCAAGAAUGGAGCGGUUUGACGGCUUCUUCAGCUUGGGACGUGAAAGGCGAAGUCCUUGAUAUGUUGCCAGAGGAUUUUCCACUGGAAAGGACCCACCGUUACAUAUCUGGUGUUCAGGCAUCCGUUGUUGCAGCUCGGAUCUCUGAGUCUCUCCGCUCUCACUCCAUCGAAGCUGAAUUUGAUUGCCAAAAGGCAAAGGCGAAGUGCAAGACUCAAGAUUAUGUCAGUUUCCGAAUUCGACUAUAUGCCGGCGGCGAAAACGCCGACCCAGUUAUUGUGGAAGUUCAAAGGAGGUGUGGCCCUGUCUCUAGUUUUAUGGUGAGUUGUAGAGCCAUUCUGGAUGCAGCGGAAGGAAAAGUAGGCCAUCAUGCUUCUACUCCAAAUAAAAAAAUUCCCGCGGUGGCCAAAUCAGUGCGUCAGAUGAAAUGUCUUCAGUCUGUUCUUGCUAAGCAGGAAGUGUUGGUGGACGACUGCAUCGCCGAUUUGGGGAGGAUCGCGUCUUUGCUGAAAUCGGAUCGAUUUGACCAGAACGUUCUUGCUAUGGAAAAUUUAUGCUGUUUGACUGAUCCAAUCAGGAGCUCUGGUGCUGCUGCUCUACGAGUCUCAAAAUGCGUGAUUUUAGGAGACGAACAGAGUGAAAUUAGAGAGGAAGUGCGCGCCUUGACGGAGCGCGAUGUGUUUGAUCGUGAUGAAGUUUCUCGACACCAUUCCCAUCAGUUGAGGCAAUUGGCUCAUGUCACGUUUGCAAACACUUUGUCUAUGUGUUCAAAAAGUGGUCAUCUUGCGACGGCAAUCAAGGAUCAAAAAUGGUUUCAUGAGUUUCUUAUUCCCACUCUGUUGGAUGAGUUAAAACUUGCUAAAGUUUCACCUUGUUCAGCGAGCGCCGCCAGCAGAUCGCUGUUCAGUGUAAUGACUUCGUCCGAAAGUGCUCUUCGACAGAUUUUGGAACAAGACGUUAUGGAAACUUUAAAGAUGGCCAAUGAAUUCGGGCGUGCACGCCAUGCAUUGUUGUUCAAUGAAACAGCUCGUCUUCUUAAGCUCUGUCAAUAGUCCGAAGUCUACGGCGAACGUAGGACUGUCUUUAUAUCUUCUUUGUCGGUGCGGCAAACGUAGAAGUGUUUUUCAUCUUUGUCGAUUCUUUGUUUGCCCUUCAAGAUGCGCUCUGUUAAUUUCAUCCAGCGCUCUUUUUUGGGAAACAUGCCUUUUCGAUGGUCGAUUGUACUCAUGUCCUACUGCAAGUCAUGCAUUUUCCAGUACAGCACAGUCGAAUCCGACACGAGAAAUGGUUUCCGUUGAUUGAAAAUGGGACUUAAUCAAUG